AUGGGUGGGUGGAGCGUCUUGUCGUUCUUCCGCCGGACGAAGGCGGCCGACUCGUCGUCCACCUCCAACACGCCUGUGUUUGCAGUGAACACCACGGAGCUGGUCCUCACCGUGCCGGAGCUGAUGACGGCUCGCGAUCUGAACAAGGCCACCCGGUCCUUCUCGGCCGCGAGGCUCGUCGGCCGGGGGCGCAACGCCGCCGUGUACAUGGCCACGCUGCCGAGCGGCGCGGUCGCCGCCGCCAAGUGGCUCGAGACGCCGCCCUUCGGCUCCAGCAGCACCUGGAGCGCCUCCGACGACGCGUUCCUGAGGCAGCAGGUGUCGGUGCUCUCGACGCUCCGGCACGACAACCUCGGCCGCCUGCUCGGGUACGCCGUCGCCCCCGACCUCCGCGUUCUUGUCUUCGAGUUCGCCACCAUGGGCACGCUCCACGACGUCCUGCACGCGCGCGCGGAUCGCGCUGGACGCGGCGGGGGGCUCCAGUACCUGCACGAGGCGGCGGCGGUGUCGCACGGGGGCGUCAGGUCGACCAACGUGCUGCUGUUCGAGGGCCUCCGGGCCAAGAUCGCCGACUACGACGUGCUCGACCAGCUGCCGCGGGAUGACACGGGGUGCGUGAUCAAUUUCGGGACGGCCUCCGCUUACCUGCCGCCGGAGUAUCUGAUGACUGGCCGGAGGAUUCCUCUCAAGUGUGACGUCUACAGCUUCGGAGUAGUACUGCUCGAGAUCCUGACGGGGAGGGCGUCGUGGGAUGCAACCAUGGAUCCGCAUGGACUGGUGGAUUGGGCAACUCCAUUGCUGAGAAAAGGAGGAGUUGAGCAAUGGAUCGACCCGAAGCUUGGCACGCAGUAA